ACAGAACCAGCAGUACUAUCUAUUUCUCCAUGCACACAAAGCAAUAAGAAGAAGAAAUACCACCAAUAGUAUACCAACUACGUACCAUCAUCAUCAACAUGGCUUCUUUCUUGACACUGCUCUUCCCGCUGCUGGCAAUCAUUACCGUCGGCCCAAAAACCGUCGCUAAAGCCGCGCCCGACGUAACUUACAUCUCGGCCCUCUGCGGCCCGAAAACGGACCCCAACCCUCCUGAGCUGAGCGAUCGAGUAUUCCAAGUGACGGCCUUGGCGAUUAACUUCACGAGCCCCGACGGCUUCGGCUCCUGCUCCGCCGUAGACACCGAACCGGUCGUAUAUGGUUUCGGCUGGUGUCCCAAUGUUGUUUCUCAGCAAGACUGCACCACGUGCCUCCAGUUUGCGCAAAAUUGGGUGCUCAACACUUUGUGCAAGGAUGUGUAUGGCGGGCAAAUCACUCUGGCGGGUUGUUUCCUGAGGUACGAGACAUAUAAAUUCUGCGAUGCUUAAAAUCUCGCACUCCCAAUAUUAGAGUACAUCAGUCAUCAUCCCCGAGAAAAAAGUCCGUUUCUGAACAAGAAAUAAGCUGUGUUAGCCGCUCUUUACGAGAGUAAGUGCGUUGACAGUCUUCUUAGCUGAGCUCGCCCUCCAAGCUUACAUAUGAAAAACUUUCGGUGGAAUAUAUUCCCCUCCAUUUCCUAUUAGGGAGAUAUGUACUGUGCAGCCUCAAAGUUGAUCGUAUUGUGGUAAUGUGAGAUAAUACUGAUAAUAAAAGAAUGGAAUUGUU